GUUAAAAACGAGCGGUUCGCCGUUUGUGGAAUGAAAACAAUCCCAUGGUGUGUUAUGUCUUUUUAACAAUACACAUACGGAAAAGAAGGUCAUCAGAGUAAUGUUUUCAAAUCAUAAGUAUAAGGUGGAACGAUGAUGCUCCAAAUCUGGUGAGAAGACGGUGUGCAGUAUGUUAUCUAUCUAGCUAGCUAGACUGUUAUGGUUAUUUUGUGUUACGGUCAUAUUGGGAGAUGGAGAGUAGACCAUAGUCACAAAAUGCUACCGGUUUUUUAAUCCAUAUCCCCUAAAAUGAAAACAUUAUAUGGUAAAUGGAUGCAAUCUACACCAUUGUACAAUAAUACUGCUAGUUUUGUUCCACUGUGCCUGUGGACCCUUGAAUCAACACGGUGGCUACCUAUUAAGGAUGUCAGCCAACAGAGUUAAUGAUAGCAUGAGCUAUUCAAGGUGACCAAAAAAGGCUCAUAAUCAUGAACGACUCGGACCAAGACUUUGUUGAUCUCUGCUCCAAGCUGCUGAAACGUUCCCGCAAGAAAGUCGAGCCCAAACACCAAGGGAGAUCAGACCAAAAGCCCUCAAGUCAGCCAAGCGAUGGAGACAAGAAAAGAAGCAAGGAGGGCCAUGUCUCUCAUCGUGUUGCAUCUGAAUCACAGUGUGGUCGUUCAGUCGUCGUGGGAAAGGGUGGGAAUGAUUCAGGAGAUGCUAUGGCAGCUUCAGGACAAAGAACCGAAAAGUGGGUGGGGGCUAAAGAGACAGUGCUCAAGAGGAUGGAGCAUUUCAAGAGAACAAGUCCACCGAGGAUGGUGCACAAGAGCCAGCCUGUAGAGAUGGAGCAAGGUGGGCAUCCUGAUCCUCCACAAUCAGAUAUACCACAGUCCUCUGCUUCAGACUUCCAUCUGAGGUUGGUAGAUAAUGAUGAGGUUCUGGCUAUGCGACUACAGCAGGAGCUUGACCGUGAGGCAGCACAGGCCCACACACUGGACCUGGAUGAUGGAGGCCUCUUCUUCUGUCAGAUCUGUCACCGAGAUCUGUCUCACAUGACACCUGAGGGUCGGACGCAGCACAUCAACAGGUGUUUGGAUGACACGGAACACCAAAUAGCUGCUCCUCCUCCCCCUUCUAAUCCUCGACCUCCUGGUGUCCCUGACUGUCCAAUAUGUGGCAAGAGGUUUAAGUCACAGAACAGUCGCUCCACCCACUUGAAGCGCUGCUCCUCAGACAUGGGAGUCAGCCCUGCCGACCUUCUGCAGGCUCUUCAGAGGCAGGCUGAGGAGAGACAAAGUGCAGCUGCUACCAACAUGAACUUACAGACCGGAGGAGCAAAAAGGAAAGGCACAACUAAAUCAGGAGUACCAGCAAAAAAGAAGCCCAAAAAAAAGAGUGAACCCCUGGAUGAGGACACCAUGGUGGCCCUGGCUCUGUCCUCGUCCCUGUUGGAACAGCAUAAAGAGCAGCAGAGUACGUCCCACACACAGACAGCUUCUCAUUCGUCCAUGAGUCCUGCGUUAAAGUGGAGGUCAGGUGCAGGUAAGGGGCGUGGGAAGAGAAAGAAGGGCGCAGUCCCUCGUCCGCCUCCUAUCCUCCUCAUCCAGGAUGCUGAUGCGGCCCUGACGAGGCUGCAGGAACGUGUUUCUGCUCUCCUCCUGCGCAGUCGAGCUCCAUCUCCACCUACUCCUACCCGCCGUCCCAGCGCAUUGUCUGUCUUGAAUGGUGCUGCCCCCCUAUGGCAAAAAAGUGCACUGCUAAACAGAGAUACCACCAGUUUCUUGGACUUCUUCGUCCCAGAGCUAAAAGACUUCAUCACACCUUGGGAAUCACCACAGACUCUCUCUUCUUCCUUCCACACCGACGACAAGCCUAGUUCUUCUCUCCAACCUGUGGAUGAAGGUCCUACCAUCGCCAAAGCUUCCACCCUGUUAUCCUCCCAUACAGCCGCCUGCUCCUCAGUUGCAUCCACUCAGGCCACUGGGCAGCUUCCAGCGAGCAGCCAGGCCCUGAAAGACCUGGUGGAGCUGGCUGAUGAUAUCACAGCUCAUGCCCAUUACCACCACACUGCUCCUUGUCCUGGUAAAGACAGUUCGACGACAAACCUCCAAGUGAGUGGCUUCCUUAUAGAUGAGAAGGCUGACCUCUGUGUGAGUGGCUUUUUUCCUGAAACAGAACACACCCCCUCACAUGACCUCCAGGACCAAGCAGGAAAGUCAUUAUGUCAGCCUGGAGCAGCUAAAGAGUGUAUCAACCAGCUAUCCGUGCCACUAUCCACAUUGGUAUCAAACCUUAGCAGCAUGGUUAACAACCCUCAGCUCAGUGACUUGCAACUCCAGGUGGACAGUGGGGAAGUGUUCUUUGCGCAUUCCUUCAUGGUGUAUGCACGCUGCCCCCUCCUGGCACAAAUGGUGCAUGAAAGUGGGUUUGGGGUGCAAGAGGAGGGAAUGCCUGCAGCUCAGAGGGUGUUGAUCAGUGAUAUGCCCGGACAGGCGGUGCUGGUUCUGCUGCAGUACCUCUACACGGCCCGGUUUUCCCUUCCAUCAUCUUUGCAGCCUCAUGUACUGGAGUUGGCAUCCAGGUUUGAUUUACAAGAGCUGCAGCAGCUGUGUGAAUUUACCGCAGAGGAUGCCUCAGCUGAGUAUGAUGACGGAGAUUCCACCAACCACGUGGAGCCUCUCAGCAGCCGUACAGACAAGGACUUAACGGCGCUCUUCAACUCCAUGUGGAGCCAUGAUGACGAUGCGGACGGAGAUGGGGGUGACGAGAGCGGUCUCGAAAAGGCUGUUGACGCCACAUUAAGCGACCGAGAGAUCCAUGACGAGCAAGUGAAUCAGGAAGAGCUGGAUGAGAUUUAUGAGUUUGCUGCCACACAGAGAAAUAGGGAUGAGGAGAAGGAGCGCAUGGAAGAGAGUGAGAGAGAUGAUGGAGGAGUGUUCAGCAAACAGACUGAACCUAGAAGGACUUCUGCAGAAUAUAGUGAAAAAAUCCCACAGAAAUUUGACUCUCAUCUAGAUCAUAGCUUGGAGAGCAGCUAUAAUCGCCUCUUCUCAGAUACUGAAGGUGUCUACAAAGAGGAGGAACCCUCCUUCUGCCAUCCUUCCUCUAGUAUCUCUAAAUGGCAGAAAAACGUUUCACCUCAUGCUUCUUCUUCAUCAAAGCUGUCUGCUAGAGCAUUGCUUCAGUCCUCAGCAAGUGUGGGCAGUGACCUUUCCCCCAAUACAUCCAACUUGCCUGUCCCGGGUGUAUCUCCAGAUCAGGAAGGUAACUGCAGCAGUCCUGGUGUCAAGGAAACAGCUGUUCAAAAAGACUGGUUAUGUUUAAAGCCAAAAAGUCACGUCCCACUGAUUUCUAAUUCACGACACAAAAAAGAACCAGAGCUGAUAGUUUUGUCAGACUCAAGUGAGGAAAUGGAGGUCGCUGCGGCUAAGGUCAGUCCCGAAAGCAAGCAGAGCUACACUCACUUAAAACCUAGCGUGUCCUCAGAGGAGAAGCAUGAACCAUCUCCUAAUCAACCCAUUCUAGGUAGUGAACAGAUGAAUGUAGAUUGUUCUCCAGAGGUUUCCUGGCUCAUCCCUUCUACGCCAGUCUGCAGCAGUCCCACAAGAACAAGCAGAGACAGUUCCACUCAGACCAAAAGCAGCAUAUGUAGGACACAGCUGUUCCCUAAAGAUGACAGUUCAAUGUCAUCAACAUUCAAUAACAGACCUCAGGCACCCAAGAGUGUUUCAACGCAUGUUGGCCGAAUGGGAGGUAGUGAUGCCAUGUUGAAACUGGACAAUCCAGAAGUGGACUCUCCAAUGUUUACAAACCCAAAACCCUUGCACCUCUCAACCCUUUCUCAUCAUCACAGUUCCUCAAAGCAGGAGACAUCUCUCCUACUCCGCAAUAAGCCUUACAGCAGCACCCCUCUGCACGCGGACGUGCUCCAGCACCAUGUCAGGCCUGACACCUCGCUGCUCUGCACAGCCCCUGAUGUCCAGAGGUCCCUCAGUGAAGAAGGUCAUGGGUCAGCCUUUGAAAGUCCCGAGAAGAUGGAGUUUGGGAGCUUGCAUUUCUCCCCUUUUUCUGACCCUUCUGACCCACCCUCUUGUACGUCUCACACAAGUGUUCAGAAACGCAGUAAACCCUCCAGUGAAAGUCCUGCUGGGCCAAUCAGUAAGCUGACAAGGAGUAGAAUGACAAGUGAAGAAGAAAAAUUAGAGGCAGAGUUGGAUAGGAGAAGCAAAAAUGAGGGAGAGCAAGUAGAAGCAAGAGGUGAAACUGGACUGCCAGAUGCCGAACAGUCUUGUUUUGAGCAGAGCUUCAUGCCCAUGGACGAGCCACCAAUUGCUUUCAACGACUCGUGGGGCUUCGACGCUUGUGAUGACGUAGCGGGGAACCCAGGCUGCUUUAGUUUGAGGCUGGAUGACAGUGGAGGAUCCAGCCGACAAGAGCAGAACCCUGGGGAAAGACGUGUAAACGGGUCAGCCUCGUUUACGAGUAGCUGCAGUCCACCCAAAAUCCUUACUCUGCUUCCAUCUACCAGUAAAAAUUCUCUCACUUUCAUGCCAUCGCCACCUCAUCCCACCACUCGUAACCUGACAGAGAUGACUGACAGCGUCCUGGUUGCAAACAUAUGGGACAGCUGGGGGGAGGACGAAGAGGAGAUUCUUCCUCUGUCUCAGAGGCUGAAGCCUCCUGCCCAGCUCAAAACGCCAUCAUCUUCUGACAAUAAAAGGCAUCACACUCUGGAGCCCAUCACUCCCAUGCCUAACUACUCUGAUAUGGAUACUCCCGAACUCAAGAACAAACUCAACAGGUUUGGUGUCCGUGCCUUACCAAAGCGGCAGAUGAUCCUCAAGCUGAAGGAGAUUCACCAGUACACCCACCAGCUGCUCAGCUCUGAAGAUGAAGACGAAGCCCAGACAAAGCUCCCUCCCUCCAAGCCGUCGGCCGCUGGCUGCUCUUCUUGCCACAGAGUCCAGUUUAAGGAGCCCAGAGUGCCUGCUGCCAUAUCUCCGGGGAAACAUGAUAAAGGGGAAGAGGCGGACACGGAGCCGCUGUCUAACUCUCAAGACUCCAACGCCUCUUCAACUACUGCAAGCGAAGAAUCUGAGAGGCCCAACCCAGAGCUGUGUCCUUCCUCUGGUGGUGAUUCUGACAGCGACGGUGGUAUCUCAGCUUCCCAGGCAGCCACACGCCUCCAAGAUCGCUUGCAGGCCGUGCGCUCAUUCAUCCUGUCCGACUCUGACUUGUACAAUCAGAUUCUUCAGUAUCAGCCUCUGGUCCUGUCUCAGCUCCAGGAGCGUCUGAAAGCAGCAGGGAUUCGCUUAGGAGCUGCCAAGCUGGUGGACUAUCUGGACACCCAGUGCAUCACCUUCACCACGGCUAAACCAGGACAGCCCGCACCCUCUCGCAGGCGAGUCAGGAAAACAGGCAAAAAGGCAAAGGCAGCAGGGAAAAGAGGUGCUCCAGCACAACCUCCAAAACUGUGAUGUUAAGAAUGAAAACAGGUAGGGAGGAAGCCAUAUGAAAAAUGAAAAGAUGUUUUUAAGGACUAUGUUUUGGUUUCUAAUGGAACAGUUUUUACUACUUAAGCAUGUUUCUUCAGGACAGGUUUUUUGUAUUUUAAGUAUUCUAAUGUUAGAUUUUAAAACGUGCUUUCACUAAAAAUAAAUGUUUUGCAUGAAUUUGUCAAAACAGUAAUUGUACCUUUGUUAGGAACAUGCUUGAGGCUGAAUGUAAAAACUAACCAGUUUCACCUAACUUAGUGGUGCGCUGGGACACCGGCAAAGGCGUUAAAAUGUCCAGAUGAAAUGUGCAGAUAUAUUUACAUUGUGAGGUUGCACAUUGUAACAUUUUCUUUAAUUUUAAGUGAGUAACGCAGGAAUUCUGAAGGCAACAUUCAGGCAUAUAGUAUACAGGAGGUAAGUAUAGCUGUACUGCUGAUACUAAUUAGGAUUGUUUGGUCCUGGCCGAAUUAUUCUCGAUUUGCCAUUUCUAUUUUGGCAUCACACUUGGCAAGAAUGAAGACAUGAACAUACAAUAUAUACAGUUGCACUUGAAAUUAGUGAACUCCCAUUGUAAAUUACUUUCAAAAUGUAUAAACUUAAGCGACCGUUUGUAAUAUUAAAGUAUUAAGCAGUUUACAUUGUUUUUGUUUUGCUGGUUCAUUGAAAACUUUUGAAACUCUAAGCUUUGCAAAGCAAUAGUAUUUACAAUGGGGGUUGAAUAAUGACUUUCUGUUGCAAUGCAAACAUGCCAGCGUUCUGAAAAACAUUUUAUUUUUGCUCUUCAGUAGAUUCAUAUCCAAAGAUGAGCCAGAGUACACACAGUGAAGCACACUUGAGGAACAAGGGAAGCUCUUCAACAAGGAAAAAUAAUUUCAAUCAAAUGUGUUAUUCAAGUAAAGAGAGGAGCCUUUUGCAGCAACACAUUAUCAGGGCUUUUUUUUUGUGCGCUCAGUAUUCCCUAAAGCAGCAUAAAGCUCCAGGCAUCAGAUCAAGUUCCAAAGGGCAGAUGAUUCUUCACACGGAGCAUCCUGGAGCCCCUUCUUGACCCUUGUGGUUCCUACGCUGGUGGAGCAUAGAGACAUUGUUUCCCGUCUUGUCUCAAAGCAGUCACGACAGGCCUGCAAUAUUUGCAAGGAAGCGCUGAGCCCACCACUCCUCCAAGUCGAUGGGGACAAAGUCUGUGAGGAAACCAACACAAGGUGAUAUAUUCCUUUACUAUAUGAAUGUUAGGACUCUACUUCUACAGUCAAAUUCUCCCCAUAUAUAAAAGCAUCGCAGGCUGCCUUGUGCAUGUCAACGCGACAUGAGGCGCAGCAAACCCCUUGCAUUGGGAGAAACAAUAAGUCACUCAAUUGCUAAGAAGUAAUUUCAGUGUUUCAGUGACUUUGCAGCCUGUGUUCAUAGCCUUAGCCUUCAUUUACGUCAGCACUAAGGUUGCAUUUUGCAACCAACCUCAUGUUUCUCCAUGUCGAAGAAUGCUAUGGCAUCAGAUAGCGGGCGCAAAUCUGUAUGUUUGUCUUCAGCCACAAUUUAAAAUCUACAUUAUCACAAGAACCCUAUUGUUUGUGAAUAUCUGGCAAAUAAUGGCUGAGGUUCUAAUGUUUAAAUAAGCACCUUUGUUGUCACCAUCCAAUAAAUUGAGAUCAAUACAGUGAAAGGUCAUAAUCCAGUACAGGUGGUCCUCGGGUUGCGCCGUUUCAGGUUUGGGGGUUUUGUGCUCCCAUAAAUGAAUGAAAAAGUAUUUUGGUCGGUGAACACUCCUCCUAAUAAGCCACAAAGUAAGGUAAGGAGUUGUUUUACUUUUCUAAAAUUACUGUUUCAUUUAAUGUAUUUGUUACAGUAUUUUAUGCAUUCUGUGUAUAGUGUGACUCAUUUAAGAGUUAAUGGAUGGAUGGAAGAUCCGAUUAACACAAACUCUUGAUACAUCACAAUCUAGGAAAGUUGCCCAUUUAAGAAUAGAGAACAAGCACAAAAGCCUAUCUAUUGGAGUGAAUUAAAACAGGUACUUACUCUUCAUGGCAGUACUGGGAGUCUUCUCAGUGUACUGGAUGGGUCCUUGGCUGGCCAUCGAUUCCCCAACGUCUCCAUCUCCCAGCUUCUGCUCCACCUCCUGCCACGCUGAGGGAAAGUUUACAGUUUACUUAUUAUGGUCUGGCUCACAUGUGACUACAGUUGUCAGCUGGGAAUAGACUUUCACACUUGGAUAAGAAUCAAGGUUUUGGCUGUGUGGAAGAGUUCAACCUUCAGCUAAGGGCUAUUUUAGUUGUAAGGGAACCACAACCAACAACCAGUUAGUAAUAGUGCACAAGGUAUUCGCUGAAUACCCUGUGCACUAUUACUAACAAUAAGCAUAACAUACAGUAACAAAAUAAGCAUAACAUGACUGUACAUCACUGUACGUGUAUUCAAAGAGUAUGACAAUUAUGAUGCUACAAAUGCAAUUCUUCCAAACCUCUGAUACAAAUGUGAUGCAAAAUUGACUUGUUUGAUACCUAUGUGACAUAGUUGUGACGUGCAUUAUAGGUGGUUGUACAGAGCAAAUAAUUGGUCAAUUUGAUGGACAAUGAACUGACACCACUACUUAAAGAUUGUAACGAGAGAAGACGGGAGAGACCACUUAUCAACCUAACCUGACAAACCUGUAAAUAGUUUAAGUGUGAAAUAAAAUUCAAGAAAAUCUAAGUCCUCAACGAUCUUCUCAGCCUUUCAAAAGAACUUGACACAGGGUGCCCUUACAGAUAUAAUAAUGCUCAGUUUUGAUGUGGUAUUCAUUUAAUAUAUUAGACAUUGACAUGGUGAAUGAAAAUGAAUUUCUAGGUGUUAUAGAUGACAAAAUGAUCUGGAAAUCCCACAUUAAAAAUAAACAAAGUGAAAUACUUAAAUACUGAACAAAGCUAAAUUAUAACCAAUAUUAGAAAUAAUAAUAUGCAAUGUACUCCAAUGUAUGUAUGCAUCUUCAAAAUAAAUUAAACCAUUACCAUUGUUGUAAUUUAGAACUGCACUGUGUCCUACUGAGAAUUUUCGAUGUUGGUCCCAUUAUUAUAAACUAGAGGGCAGAAACACCAGGGCAGUAUGAUUAAAUGUAGCAACCACAAUAAGAAACUGUUUUUGGGAGGGCUGAAAAUAUUGAAUCAAAAGUCUGUGCCGCAAGCUGCUUGAGGCUGGUCCCAGCAGUGUCUAUACAAACAACUUGACGCACACAAACAUCCUCAGAGUUACUCAUUUCCACAUGGCUGUGACUUGCAGGGCAUGUGGGUUAAGCUUUAAUAAUAAACACAUUUAAGCUCUAGAAAUAUUCCUGCAGCAUAACCAGUGUUAAUAUGUAGCUGCAGUUUCAUUUGUGAUCAACACCGGUCUUUGUACAAGUAUAUCUCUAAUAAGUUACCAUUUAAAUUUUAGGUGCGCUUUUUGGCAAACACUUUGAACUCCUACCUAGCAAAGUAUGAGUGAACAAGUUGGCUUAAUGAGCAGCCUUUUUAUCAGGAUUAUACAUGAACUGUACCUUGUUGUGUGCCAGCGCAGGAGAGUAAACAUGCACUGAAUCUUAUCUCUUCUGAGACAUUUAUAUCAUUAUAUUUAUUGUGGCUCUCGGCAUUGCUUUAAUGUGCUCCGCCUUUGGCUCAACUUUCUUGUGAACACGUCAUGAAUUAACUACUUUCACUGCCUCAUUGUGGAAACGGAUUCAACAAGAGACAGAACAUAGACAACAACGAAGUCUGAAUAGGAGCGGUUGAAAACUGUGCACGAAAUUGUGCACGAUAGCCCUCUUAUGCGGCAAAUGAUUCAAAAGCACCAGAUGAGUGUACUGCGAAGCGAGUUUAGUGGGUUAGCGAGGUCUGUUGAGUCUACAGUCAGGCUUGCCUGUACUAUGAAGAUGCCAUCCAUCCAUUCAUCUUCUUCCGCUUAUCCGGGUCCGGGUCACAGGGGCAGCAGUCUUAGAAAGUCCAGACUUCCCUGUCCCUGGCCACCCCGUCCAGUUCCACCGGGAGGACACCAAUGUGUUCCCAGGCCAGCUGUGAGACAUAAUCCCUACAGCGUGUCCUAGGUCUGCCCUGGGGCCUUCUCCCAGUUGGGAAUGCCCGGAACACCUCACCAGGGAGAGGCCCAGGAAGUAACUGGACUAGAUGCCCGAGCCACCUUAACUGGCUCCUCCCGAAGAUUGCUAACCUAGUCCCGACCAGUUUAUGUCCAGACUUUCAUCUUAAAUUCGGCUACAAAAGUGCCGCUGUUUCACUGUCUAACUCAUUCAGAGAUGGCAUCAACAUUUACUGAGAACCCGGAGCGGGAAACAACUACUUUUUCCAAGAUCACACUGAUCCACUAGCAUUCCCUGAUGAAAUUCUCUGUAAGAGAUAUAGGUUUUCAGGAGAGGGAAUUUGCUUGCUUUUUGAGCCGAGCGUCAGGAAUAAAAAUGCAAUGUGAAAUAUUAUAUUAACCAAUGUUAGCAGAUGUAUAUGUCACAGCAGUCUUUGCCUGAGUACUCAGCCUCUUGGUCUUCUUAUAUUACAAUAUUUGCUGGAGGAAUAAGCACUCUGAGGCAUCAAUCAACUGGAACAAAUCACUUCUUUAUCCGAACAAAAACUUGUCACAAAGAAAUAACUGGUCACAAUACACGUCAACACUGCCAUCCAAUGCUCACCAUGAGGUACAGCAUGUGAAAUAUAUAGCAGUAAAAUAUUCAAAUUAUAGACAUAUUUCAAAGAUGAGUUGUUGCUCCAGUUUAUUUUUCAAAAAGGGGUGAGUGUUAAUAUGUAAAUGUUGCAAAAAUGUCUGAAAGUAUAGUAUAAUCAGUGUUACGCAUUUACACGCUCAGCAUUUUCUGCCUCCCUCGCUCUAAACAGUGUUGUGUUUAGCAGUGAUAUUAACACUAAAUGCUCCAUAAUAAUUACUCGCUCCUCUUCUCGCGCAGAAGUACAAGAAUAUGACGUCAAACGCCCUCUUUUUAUGUUGAAGGCGCACUGUGCAAAAAGCAAAGAACCGGACUUUGCACAGUUAGUUGAUAACCACCGUCGCAGGACCGUUGAGCUUUGUUUGGAGAAUUUAGGUUUUCUGGAGCUGCAUCAUGAGCACAAAGUCCGGGUAUGUUGAGCCACUUUCGCAGUACAGGCCUCUGGUCUUACCUUCAUAAACAAAUUUGACGUUCUCCUCGUGUGCAGGUGUGAAUCCCUCUGCUGGGCUGUCGACAUUCUGCAUGGAUGCACCGUGGUAACGCUUCCCAUUGAGGCGGUUGAACACGAUCUUCGGGGGUGGAGUACUGUGGGGUAGAUCCACGCUCCCAGCCACUCUCACCUUGUAGAUGACCUUGGGCUCGAAGGAGCAGACGAUACUGCUGUUGUACAGGACUGGGUGCUUCUUAUGCAAAGCUGAAAGAGCUGCAGCUGCCUAGGAAGGAAUGGACAGCCGCAUGGUUACUAUAGGUCAGUCUGUGUGAGUGUGUAUUCCUAUCCAAACACUCUGGAACUCAAGGAUGUUACAGUCUGAAAAACAACCAUUGCUGCUUUGCAUUCCUUACUGACAAAAAUAUGCUGAGUCAAAAACAACAAGCCAGUGAACAAGCUAAAAAAAAAAAACAUUAAAUAUGUGACUUAAGUGCCAGUGUAAAUACAUGAAGACAGUCAAUUUCAAUUCAAAUCUCUUUUGUUGACUGCACCUUGUCUGGAUGGCCUUUCACGUCAAAGUAUAUGGUGAGCUGUAGUUUGAGGCAUUCUUCCACAGCCUGCGCCAGUGUUGGGAUCUUCUCCCCAGCAAACCUGUCCCUAAUAAAAAGAAAACAUAUUAGUACUAUUCCCCUUAGAAGCCAUCAACAUGAUCUUGAAGUUGCUCUUUUCAGGCUAAAUUACUACAUAUUGUAGUACGCCUUUCAUUACAGUCUUAGAAGGCUUGUGCUCUCCUGUCACACCAUCUGGAAAUAUUUUUCAUAGCAAUAAUUUCAAAAGCUUACUUGAAAUGUAAUCACUCUGAGGCAUCUGGAUACAUGAGACAUUUUCAGUAUUUUGUUACUGUUACUGACAGUAACAGAUGCUAACCAAGAGGUGGGCAAACUACGGCCCGCGGGCCAGAUUCGGCCCGUUGUUCUUUUUAAUCCGGCCCGCCGAAGAUUGUACAAAAUUAAGGUUUGAUGUGAAUGAUUGCAUUCAUUUCAUUUGGACUUGUAAUGACGGCAUUUCAACACCAGGUGGCGCCGGAGGCGCAGUGACUUGAGAGAGCCAUUUCCAAUUACCGCUCUUCUACUCGCUCGCAAACGUUACCACAGAUGGAUCGCCAAAUGUGACAGGAAAAAACGUCGGGAUGCUCAAGAGAAUUCAGGACAGGUGAAAGAGGACAACCCUGAGCAGGAGGUCAUGUUUCUACACUGAAGUUUGGGAAAAGUAUGUCAACGUGUGUGGGAGCUCAAACGGGAGAUGAUUUGGUUCUUGGAGCUACUUGAGAAUACUGACACAUUUCCUGAGCUGAAUGUUUGUCAGUUUGUCUUUGUGAUUUAGCGUUUACUGUGGACAUACUGGCACAUAUGAACGAGCUGAGUGUGAAGCUACAAGGGAAAACCAGUUUGUGCAUGAACUGCAAGCCAACGUCAGAGCCUUCAAAGCCAAGCUGGUUUUAUUUUCCAAGCUAAUGUUAAUACUUUUAAUGUUUUUUUCUGGUUAUGUUUCAUAUGUACUGUUAACAAAUGCAAUUUUUUUAUAUGUAUCGUAUCUUGUGCUGACCCGGCCCGUCUGUCAAAUUUUAAAAGUCAAUGUGGCCUCCGGCCCGAAAAGUUUGCCCACCCCUGCGCUAACCCCUUUGCAUGCAAAACUAGAAGAAAAAAGGCAUUUAGUUGGUUGUGUUGUUUUCAAUUCCAAUAUCAACCAUCAGGUGGCGGCAGAGAAUCGUGUAGGUUCGGCCUUUCAAAGAUGAUGUACUGUAUGGGCGAUUCCCCUGAAAGUGGUACCAGAGAGGGUGCUGUCACUUCGAGGGGCAUGACGCACAUACUACAGUGAUUUGCAGCUAAAACCACAUUUUUAUGACUUAUUAAUUUGUUAACUUAUUUAACAUUUUUCAACAACUAGCAGAACAUGAACGUCGCGGAGUGCACCCUGAGGAGAAGGGGCAUAGAUGGAUCUCCACUCAUUGUGCUCAUUUGUCAUUAAAUGCAGGUGUCAUGUUUGAAUAGAAGACUUAAUAUACUCAACAUCUGCUGAUGAGCUACCUGUUGGAGACCUCUGUGACUGUCUAAAGCUGAUGUGAUUCUGUUGCACAACUUUGACGCACAACUAUUAAGACAAGCCAUAAGUAUUAUAAAUGACAACAAGAGAGCAACAUUGUUAAGUGACACUUUAAAAGAGUAAGUUGUGAUGAUGAUCGUAGAUCGUAGCUUGCCUGACAAAAUCAAGCUGGCUGAUGCCGCCAGCCGGCAUGUACACAAAGAAGAUUGAAACGUGAGUGAUCACACACGCUGGCAUAGGUGGGCUUAGCAUGUGACACACUGUCGUGAAUUGAUUCCACAUUUUACGGGCUAUUGUUCAUUCUCCCGAUAAUAAGAAACAGAGUGAAAGUUAACACAAGACGUACUUGAUGCGUAUCUGGUCACAUAUGCCAAGUGCUAGCAAGGCAGACUGGCGAUUCCGAUGCACGCUUAUCAAAAUAAAGCACAGUUUAAAAUUUUAAAUUGUUGUUUAAAUUCAAACUAACUGUGGUCAAUAUGUGCGUAAAUAAUAAGCUGUAUAUGUAUCUAUAUAGCAAAUAUAUCCAUUCAUACAAUAUAUUACUUUAAAUUCUUUCCAAGUUAAAAAAAACAACAACUCAAUUUUAAGGUGUGGAAGCCUUUAUUUUGUAGUGGCACACCCCCACAAUCAAUUACAUGUAGCAGAAACCCUGUAGAUGAUACAGUAUAGCAAUAUAUAUGGAAGUGAUGCUUUAUUUUAAUAUGAAAAUUGGUUCGAAAAUAACUUUCAAUUUUGCUUGCUAUAUUACGCUUUUGGUGACCCUUUCAGGACACUGACCCAUAUAUAUCAUUAAAAUACUGGAAAUGGACGACAAAAAGGUGUAACGCUACCUGAGUCGAUGUUUAGCAGCUGCAUCCAGCUUCCCCAAGUCAGCAAAUCUUAUUUGACUGAGGGGUCCUGAUCCGUUUGUGGUCCGAUCCACACUCUCGUCAUGCAUCAGGAUUGGAACUCCAUCUGCAGAGAACUCCAGGUCCAGUUCUACUCCUGUGGCCCCGUUCUUGCUUGCCUAGUACAGGACACAUACAACAGUGAACAGGACUUGAGCACAAAACAUCACUUGUUUUAAGUCAUACUCCCAAAAAACCAUAAUGACCACCUUGUAUGGGAGGGAAUGCUGGGAAACAAGAUGGCGCUGCUGUGUUUGGCUUGCCGCCUGCUCCUAUGCAUGGUGGUCUUUAAUGUUAUUGUUUAUGAUCGCCUGACACUCCUUGACAUCGGCACCACAUGCAAUGUGCUUGUGUAACCGCCCAUAGGCUGGCAUCCGGUACAGUCAAAUGUUCCACCACCAUUUCUGGCGUCUAUACCACCACACCUGAGACGUUCUAUCAGCCCACGUCCCGUCCUUUUAUUAGCGUUGAAGGCCAUUAAUGGCCUUGCUCCAACAUACUUGGCUGAGCUUUUAACUGUCCAUCACCACUCCAGGGCCCUGCGCUGUUCUCAACACACAACAAGUCCCAAGAAUGAAAUACAAAAAAUGAGGGGGAUCGCGCUUUUGCUGCGUUCGCCCCCACACUUUGGAACUCCCUUCCACCUGCGUUACGAUCUACGACAGAGUUGUCAGUUUUUAAAUCUCUUUUAAAAACUCAUUUAUUCAGACUGGCUUAUGAAACACGAUGAUUAUAUGUAUUUUAGUUGUGAUUCUGUGCCUAUAUUUUUAUUUUUUUUAUUUGGUUUUAGUUGUGUUUAUUCCAUCUUAUUCAAUCUUACCCUGUUCUCAUUUGCUAUAACCUGUUUUUACUCUUGUGAAGCACCUUGGGCACCACUGGCAUGUUGUAAGGUGCUACACAAAUAAACUUUGAUUUGAUUUGAUUUGAUUUGAUUUGUAUCUGCAGGCAUAUGAACACCAUUCAGAGAUGGCCCGGCCCGACUCGUUAUUACACCUCAACUUGUUUGUACACAGCAUACUUAGUACAUGAGGGCGCACAUUUUGACAGUGUAGUGCUGUCCCAAAUCAAUUACUGUCAUUGCACACAAACCGGAAAUAUUAUCACUGGCCUGUCACAAUAACAAAUUUUGCUGGUGGAUAAUUGUGCUACAAAUUAUCGUCAAUCGAUUUCAUCGAAAAACAUUUUUUUAGACCAUUUUUCAAUAAUUGUCAUGAGAGGUGUACUGCACUGCGCAAUAUAACCAUUAAACUCCGUCGCGGUUGAAGAUGCGAGUGUCUUCCAUCACAUACACACGAAUGGAGAAGCGACAGUGCGCAGGGACACGGCGAGAGAGCAAUUUUUUGAGGGGGCAUUUUUAUAAUGCAAAUGUAUUACUCUUUUGAACGCAUAUUGUUCUGAGAAGCCUAACUCCUAAUAACUAAGCAGAACUACGUUCUUCGUCAUGGAAAUCUGACCAGAAAGGGACUUGUGGGACCAAAUUGGGGGGGAAGUCACUGUUGGUAUAGUCCACUGAUGAUGAGGACGUCAUACAACUUCAUGACAAAAAAUCAGAAGUGUCCCUUUAAUUCAUCAAUUGUAAAACUAUAAUUGUAAAACUAUAAAAAUGUGUUUUGUUGUAACAUUUUUCGCUCUCUGAAAUGGAUUAGUUGGAUUUACAUUAUUUCUUAUGGGAAAAAUUGAUUUGGUUGACGUCCAUUUCGGUUAGUUGUACCUUCUGGAACAAAUUAAUGACGCUAACCAAGGUUCCACUGUAUGUUUACAUGGACCAGAAUAGUCAGAUGCACAAAAUAGUUAAGUUUCUCAAUUUUUCAUGUCUUUAUGAAAUCCUCGUUUACAUACACACUCUAAUUGUAUCAUUGGUCAAACGCUGUGUGCCUGCCAACCGCUUGGGGGCGAUUGUGGUCAUUUUAGCUAAGGUAAAGGAAGAUAAUGCUACAUGCCAAUAGCUGUCACGAGCAGAAUCCAUCUGGUCAAAUGGACAAAACUUUCUAUAUCUCGUAUGUGCGGUUUUACUGACUGCUUUGGUUCAUGUUGUUAUGGUAAUGUGGUUAAUUUAGCUCCCUCCCUCCCCACUGUCUUCAUCUUUCGUGAAUUUAAUGUUGUUAAUGAGUAUGGUUGGAUAUGUGUUUUUUAAGCUGGUUUUAACCGAAUUCAUGCAAUAAUUCAAAUAAUUAAAA